UUUACUGCUAAAGGGCUGUGGUUGCCUUAAAAGGAGAAGGAAAGAUCUCAAUACAGUUUAAUGUGCAUUGAUUCCUACUACUCUAUUCUCCAAAACCGCUAUAUUUAUAUGUAAAAAUCAGUAUUGUACCUGAGAAUACACUGCUCAGGUCCAAUAUAUUGUGGUGAACAAUCAUAGAAAUCUGUCUGUCUCUGGUUAAUUGUGCGCAGGUCUAAGUUUUUCCUUCUGUGCUAAGGAACCUAGUGAUGACUAGAAAACAUGACACUGGUUUUUCUAUUGGUGGAAAAGUACUAAAGGUUUAGCAAUGGUGUGAGGACCCACAAGUCAUCACUGGUGGAGAAGAAAGAAGCAGAGACAAGACAUGUGUAGGGCUCAGACUUUCUAUUCUGUUUGCCCAGAGCAGAGGACUUGAAGAAUGGAGAGAGGGAGGAGAGAUGCCAUGGACUGAUACUCACACUGAGGACAAAAUCCAGCGACUCAAUACGUUUUAGAGUUUUCUGAGGAAGUCGUCUCAAAAUCUCCAGAAGAAUUUUUUCACAUCAGCAAUGAAAUAAUCACCAUGGGGAAAUAAAUGUGCUGCUUCAUUUCCUGAAGUCCCACAAAGUUCCUCACAAGGCAACUUCUGGUGACUUUGGAAAGCCGAAGCGACUCAUAUGUUUUCCCAUUGAUGAUUUGCAUUAUUGCCGUUGGUAAAGCAUUUUCUGGAGAUUUGUCACCCACAGUAGCACAAAUGUAACCUCACCGCAAGUGACAAAUCUCCCCUUGGUCCAUGGCCCUAAAGGGUGUAAAGCACUGGGCAAUGGGUUCUAGAGCAGACACUGUGCACCAGUUGCAGGUACAGGGCUCCACAGUAUAUCCGGGAAUCCAUAGGGACACCCAUGUGCUACCCCCAGCCUGUACAUUAUGAAUGCAGCUCUGUUGAAUUUAAACAGCACAGUAUUCACUAAAACAUCCAUUCUAUCCAUCCAUCUAUGGGUGACAAUCUGCACCUGUUUUUUGCCUCCUGACCCGGCUCCACACGUCAGAAAUGCAGCCCAUAGAGUCAUGUAAUUCUCAUAAUACACAUUGAAAGGGGACAUGAAGAAUUACUCAUUACACACCACUAAAAUAGAAAAAAGUUGUCUUUUAUUAAUAAUAAUAAUAAUAAUAAUACUAAAAAUAGCCCUUAUACAAAGUUUACAAAUAGUUUCAUCCCAGGGUGCAAAUUAAGGCUGUUCCAGUCUCUCAUUAUCCCAUGCUAAUUAAGAGCCAUUGAUAAACACGUGACUAUGCUAAUGAAGGUCGUUAGAGAACAAGAACUCAUCAGUCUUCCUUUACAUAUUGUGGGGAAACCUUUUUCCCAAAACAAAGGCACGGCCCAUAGUUGUUUGUUGUAAGUAGUUGAAGCAGAUCCAGGCUUGGGGGGAUCCAAAAUGGGAUAAAAAGGUGUGAGAAUGAGAGGUGAGUUAGUUUGGGGAAGAGACGUGUGGGUACAGGAGCUCUGCAGGCUAAUGAGGAGACUCUGCCCAAGGACAGGAGAGAAGAAGGUGCAACUUUGUAGCACAAUGGAAUGUGAGCAGCAAGACAACAGUCUUACAGGACAUCAGAAGGUUAUCAAAGAAGAGAAACAAAGUAAUGAAGAAUAUGGCAAACUGUCCUCUUCAGAUCUGACCCUUCUUAUAGAUCACACAGAGGAGAAAUCAUUUCCCUGUAAUGAAUGUGGAAAAGGCUUUUCUACAAAGAAGAACCUACAAAUUCACCAGAGAGUUCACACAGGGGAGAAACCCUUCACAUGCACAGAAUGUGGCAAAGGCUUUUCCACAAAAAAUCAGCUCAAACUUCACCAAACAGUUCACACAGGGGAGAAACCCUUCAUGUGCACUGAGUGUGGAAAAGGCUUUUCUACAAAGCAACAGCAUAAAAUUCACCACAUGACUCACACAGGGGAGAAACCCUUCACAUGCACAGAAUGCAGCAAAGGCUUUUAUAGAAGACGUGAUCUCAAAAUGCACCAGAGAGUUCACACAGGGGAGAAACCCUUUACAUGCACAGAAUGCAGCAAAGGAUUUUUUACAAAGCAGAAGCUCGAAAUUCACCAGACAAUUCACACAGGAGAGAAACCAUUUACAUGCACAGAAUGCAGCAAAGGAUUUUCUACAAAGUUUCAGCUCAAAAUUCAUCAGGCAGUCCACACAGGGGAGAAACCCUUUACAUGCACAGAAUGCAGCAAAGGCUUUUCUACAAAGCAGAAGUUCAAUAUUCACCAGGCAAUUCACACAGGAGAGAAACCAUUUACAUGCACAGAAUGUGGAAAAGCCUUUCCUUCAAAGUAUCAACUCAAACUUCACCAGGCAGUUCACACAGGGGAGAAACCAUACAUGUGUGCAGAAUGUGGCAAAUGCUUUUCUACAAAGCAGGCACUCAAGGUUCACCAGAAAGUUCACACAGGGGAGAAACCUUUCACAUGCACAGAAUGUGGCAAAGGGUUUCUUGUAAAGUGUCAGCUCAAAAUUCACCUAGCAGUUCACACAGGGGAGAAAUCAUUUACGUGUACAAAAUGCAGCAAAAGCUUUUCCACAAAACAUCAGCUCAAACGUUGCGAAACAACUCACACUGGGGAGAAACCCUUCACAUGCAUAGAAUGCUGCAAAGGCUUUUCCACAAAACAUCAGAAGGUUAUCAAAGAAGAGAAACAAAGUAAUGAAGAAUAUGGCAAACUAUCCUCUUCAGAUCUGACACUUCUUAUAGAUCACACAGAGGAGAAAUCAUUUCCCUGUAAUGAAUGUGGAAAAGGCUUUUCUACAAAGAAGAACCUACAAAUUCACCAGAGAGUUCACACAGGGGAGAAACCCUUCACAUGCACAGAAUGUGGCAAAGGCUUUUCCACAAAAAAUCAGCUCAAACUUCACCAAACAGUUCACACAGGGGAGAAACCCUUCAUGUGCACUGAGUGUGGAAAAGGCUUUUCUACAAAGCAACAGCAUAAAAUUCACCACAUGACUCACACAGGGGAGAAACCCUUCACAUGUACAGAAUGCAACAAAGGCUUUUAUAGAAGACGUGAUCUCAAAAUGCACCAGAGAGUUCACACAGGGGAGAAACCCUUUACAUGCACAGAAUGCAGCAAAGGAUUUUUUACAAAGCAGAAGCUCGAAAUUCACCAGACAGUUCAUACAGGGGAGAAACCGUUUACAUGCACAGAAUGCAGCAAAGGAUUUUCUACAAAGUUUCAGCUCAAAAUUCAUCAGGCAGUCCACACAGGGGAGAAACCCUUUACAUGCACAGAAUGCAGCAAAGGCUUUUCUACAAAGCAGAAGUUCAAUAUUCACCAGGCAAUUCACACAGGAGAGAAACCAUUUACAUGCACAGAAUGUGGAAAAGCCUUUCCUUCAAAGUAUCAACUCAAACUUCACCAGGCAGUUCACACAGGGGAGAAACCAUACAUGUGUGCAGAAUGUGGCAAAUGCUUUUCUACAAAGCAGGCACUCAAGGUUCACCAGACAGUUCACACAGGGGAGAAACCUUUCACAUGCACAGAAUGUGGCAAAGGGUUUCCUGUAAAGUAUCAGCUCAAAAUUCACUUAGCAGUUCACACAGGGGAGAAAUCAUUUACCUGUACAAGAUGCAGAAGAUCCCAGAGCAGCAUUAAGCAGCAGAGGUUCCAAGAUAUCAGGUCUCUCAGCAAACCAAAUAGCAGCAGAUCUUCUUGUCUGUCAGUUACAACAAGUCGUAAGACAAAAGAGGCGCAACUUUGUAGCACAAUGGAAUGUGAGCAGCAAGACAACAGUCUUACAGGACAUCAGAAGGUUAUCAAAGAAGAGAAACCUUUCCCUUAUGAAGAAUAUGGCAAAGUCUUCUCUUCAAAUGUGACACUUCUUAUACAUCACACAGAGGAGAAACCAGUUUCCUCUAAUGAAUGUGGCAAAAGCUUUUCUACAAAGCAGAAUCUCAAAAUUCACCAGACAGUAAACACAGGGGAGAAACCAUUCACAUGCACAGAAUGUGGCAAAGGAUUUACUAGAAAGCAGCACCUCAAAAUUCACCAAGCAGUUCACACAGGGGAGAAACCCUUCAUGUGCACUGAGUGUGGAAAAGGCUUUUCUACAAAGCAAAAGCUCAAUCCUCACCACUUGACUCACACAGGGGAGAAACCCUUCACAUGUACAGAAUGUGGGAAAGGAUUUUCUAGAAAUGAUUAUCUCAAAAUUCACCAGACAAUUCAUACGGGGGAGAAACCUUUCACAUGCACAGAAUGUGGUAAAGGCUUUUCUAUAAAGCGAACCCUCAAACUUCACUACAUGACUCACACAGGGGAGAAACCCUUCACAUGCACAGAAUGCAACAAAGGCUUUUCUACAAAAUGUGAUCUCAAAAUUCACCAGACAAUGCACACAGGGGAGAAACCCUUCACAUGCACAGAAUGUAGUAAAGGAUUUUCUACAAAGCACAAGCUCAGUAUUCACCAGAGAGUUCACACAGGGGAGAAACCAUUCACAUGCACAGAAUGCAGCAAAGGCUUUUUUAGAAAUGAUCAUCUUCAAAUUCACCAAACUGUUCAUACUGGGGAGAAACCAUUCACAUGUACAGAAUGUGGGAAAGGCUUUUCUAGAAAUGAUCAUCUUCAAAUUCACCAAACUGUUCAUACUGGGGAGAAACCAUUCACAUGCACAGAAUGUGGAAAAGGCUUUUCUAUAAAGCAAACCCUCAAAAAGCACCAGAUGACUCAUACAGGGGAGAAACCCUUAAUGUGUUAUCCUAAACAAUAUUCAAGUAUCCCUGAAUAAAUAGCUGUAAUUCAUUCUGGGUUAUGUGUAUCCUGCACUGCAGCUUUUGUUUUGUUACAAUAUAUCAGAAUUCUACUGUAUGAGGUGCAGUUUGUUUACACAG